UAGUCUUUUUUCCGUUCGCAUGCUGUGCUGUCUACCGAGCUGCCACUGCCACAACCACGGCAGACUGCACACGCUUCGUGCUCGCACCAACCGUGGCGCUCCUUUGCCCGGCAGCGAAGGCAACAGCUUCCGGCACAACGAAGGCAACAGCUUCCGGCACAACUCGCCAACCGUUCCCCUCUACAGUAUCUGCACGUGCGUGUACGGUAUUCGACUCCGAUCCGGUGUCGUAACAUGCAAUGCCACUCGUGUCGUUCCGGCCUCCGACGGAUGGAAAGAACCGGGAUCGGGAACAGAACAAUCGACACACACGCKUCGCAACCCGACCAGAAGAAGACCUCUCUGUUCCACCCACCGCGCGUUCCUCUGUCGCUCGUUCUGUUCCUUCUCGUUUCCACACGACGCAACGCAACGCAACACAACGCAAUGCAAUGGCCACUCCGUUCUGUUCCGUUCCGUCGCACCCUCUCUCUCUCAAUCUCCCGUGCGCGCUAGAGCCUGCCCUCUCCGGCCAUCUUGCAGAGGCCCCCGAUCCCCAGGACGCCGAUCGGGAGGCCCACCAGCCCCACAAAGACGGUCUCCACAAACUCGCCCUGCUUCCUCGCGUGGUUUCUGCUUCUGCUUCUCGUUCCGCAUCCGCUCCCGUGUUCGCCCAGCGUCUUGAGGUAAAAGACCGACGAGACCGAUCCGGUCGUCGCCCGCCGCUGGAUCAGCCUGGCCGCGGCGGACGCUGGUCUGGCCGGGGGCACCAAAGCGAAGGACCUCCUCGCGGCGGAGGACGCCGACGCCGCCAGGGCCCUUCUCGUGUAGGCAGCAGCUGCGAGGGGCAUUCCCGGCAUGUUUCGCUGCUUGGUUGUUUGUUUCGUUGUUUGGUUGGGUUGGGUUGGGUUGGGUUGGGUUGGGUUGGGUUGUUUGCGUGCAAGGGAUCCGAUCCGAUCCGAUCCGAUCUGGUGCUCUGGACGUCGUUCCCUUUGCGAGAUUAGCUGGGAAUCCCUUUGUGUUUGGGAGUUGCGGGCGGAAUGGAAUGGAACAAAAACCGUUAUUGUUAUCGCACGGUACGAGCACGAGUUAUUUGGAGAGAAACAUAUCUCUCCGUCGUUGCCGYGCUGAGUUGGUUUGGAAAAUUGAUUGACAUGAUCUGCUUCGGUGCAGUGGGAGUCGAAGGUGUCAGSACUGGACGACUGCCUGCACAAUUCGUACCGUACAGCUACCGGUACGAGUACCAACAAUGACUCUAAAUUAUUUUUACCCCUAACCCUAAAAUAUGUAAGUUGUGCCUUUGUACCGUACUUGUUCGUGCAUCGCAUCUAGUGUGUUCAAUUCUGUAUCGUACAAGUACGGUGCGUUCGAAAAGUGCAAGGAAUCGACCAGUCCCGAGUCAAAUUCUGUUGUGAAUACGGUUUCUGUCCAUCGUACGGUAUUCCGGCUUCGCUGACAUCCACAGCGCAAGAUGAGACAGACGAAGCAACGAUGACCCAGUUUGAGUACCAGUACAUGUACCCGUAYGUACCUCCUCGUAGGAGCCGAACGUAGCCAAUCCAACCAUUCAUCUACCGAAUUUUAGUUAGCCACAACAACAUACACAAUACACAAUACAGUAAUACACACAGUAACACACAAGACAUCAACCACACCAAAGACAGCAGCCGCGUUGGCGCAGCAACCACCACCACCACCACCACAACAACAACAACAACUACUAGUACUACCAACACCAUGGCCACGCGUGGCGUCUUCCAGUGCCGAACCCUGACCCUCCGGUACUGCGAGCACGGGGGAUCCUCCCGGGCCGUCCGGGAGUACCUGGCCAGCGGGAAGCUCCUCGAGUGGGCCUCGGCCCGGCCGACGGUGGAGGUCCGCGUCUCGGUCGCCAACGGGAGRCACCCGAACCUUUCGGCCGGCUACGAGACGCAGGCGGUCAGCAACAAGACCGCCGCCAACCACGGGGUGGCCUCGAGGCCCGUCCUGCACCAGGUCUGCCUCCGGAGCAAGGGGGCUUCUUCGGGCCCGGACGAAAAGGCGGCCCUGUCGGAACGAGGGGGGACGGGMACGGGACCGMUCCCAAAGCACCCCGUCGAGGCCGCCCUGGAMAAGCUCUACAACAAGAGCGGCCGGAAGAUGACCAAGUUCACAAAGCCGAUCUACACGCAGACGCCGUCGAUCCAGGGGGUCUGGACCCCCUCGCUGGACCUCCACCUGAUGGGGGAGGCAAGCGGCGGAAGCGGGAGCGACGGCUUUGAUCUCACCAUUGUCACCACGGAGGCCUAGCGGGGACGGGCCGGGUGGUAGAGUGCGGUGUGGUGCGGUGCGGUGCGGUGCCUGUGGUAGAGAGCAGUGCACCGGAGUGCAAGUGCGGUGCAGGUUCACUGUCGAACCAGAAAACACGGCGGCCGGCUGCCGCUGCGCCGGGUCGAGUGGAACAGGGUGCAACCAAAUGCAAUCGAAUCGAAUGCAAUCGAAUCGAAUMGAAUCGAACGAGGGACAGAAAAAAGGGAACAUCGAAAGCUCGAGCUGGUGCUCUUGCCACCAAGAGAGAAAAAUGUUUGAGACACGGAACGGUUUGCCUUGCGUUUCGCUCUUGGCCGGUGUGGCAUAGCUGAGAAAAGGAAUCGCAAUUCCAAUGGCAAUCGCUAUYGAGACGAUUGGMRGAAGAUGGAACCACGGCAGAAGGCAGUAUUGAUGCGAACGGAGUCUUUCGAAUCGGGAUCUAAUGGCACACAGAAUAAUGAAUUUUUACGAGA